GAGAUUGCUUGCCAGCUGUUCAUAGCAAGAACUUUAGAGUUGCUCAGAGCUAAUCUUACAUCAGCAUUCAAACUUUUCCUUUCGACUUUUAUGCAGAUGGAGAACAACGAAGUGAUAAAGGAUAUUUUAGAGAGGCUAUAAGAAAGCAUGAGUGUGUCUGGUGAGGGUUGCGUUCCUUCCCCCCCCCCUGCUGAGGAAGAGGAGCGGAGUGGCGAUGAAGAGGAGGCGGCGCGUGAGGAGGAGGAGCUGAGUGAUGCCGAGCGGGAACUCGAGGAAGAGGAAGAGGAGGAGCCUAUCUCAGCUCUGGCUCCAGAGGCGGGGCUUACACAACAAGACCCCGCCCACUCCCUGGCCAGUCCAGUUUUCCAGUGGCUCGAUGAGCUCCUCUCUACUGGCAAGAUCAGUGGAGUUCGUGUCGCAAAACUAAAGGCCAGUUUUAGUCUACUGCAGGACACACUGAAGAGCUCUCAGGAUGGAGAGCUGCAGCUGGUGCAGGAGUGUAAGCGGUUCCGUGCGGAGCUGGGCCGGCAGCGGGCCGAUCUGGAGAAGGCCGAGGAGUUUCCAGAAGGUUCCGACAGCGAGACCAAACGCCUGCGGCAGCAGCUGCUGAAGAUCCACAACGACCUGAAGGCAUCAGAGGAGCACCACACACACACCAUCUACCAGCACAACGACCUGAAGGCAUCGGAGGAGCACCACACACACACCAUCUACCAGAUAGAGUGUCUUAAGGAGGAGAAGAUGCAGCUAGAAAAAGAGUAUGAGACUCAGCCCAAAGCUGUCGAGCUGGAGAAGCACAGUAAGGCUCUGAGGGAGAGCUGUGAGGAGCUGCGUAAGGAGAUCUCACAGCGCCGCCUAGAGGUGCGGAGUCUAGCGGAGGACCUGGAGGUGCGCAGGACACUACUGCUCAACGAGCAGCGCGAGCUCAGCGACAAGAAGGACAUCAUCGAGAUACACCAGGGUGAACUGGCUCAGCUGCUGUCAGUGCCGGGCCAACUGGGGAAGGAGAUUGAGAGGAUCACUCGCAAGAAGGCCGAGGUGCAGAAGAAGCAGGCGUGUGUGGAGGAGCAGCUGUGUGAGCUGUCUGCGGAGCAGCGCGGCGUGCAGGAGCGGAGUGUGUGUGUGGAGGAGGAGCGGCGGGAGGUGCUGCGGGAGGUGGAGGGGAGGCGCACACACACGGAGGCCGCCGAGCGGGAGCAGGCGCUGCUCCUCAAGGAGCACAGCAUCAGCAAGGAGAAGGAGGUGAUCCUGCUGGGACACAGACACAGGGAGCAGGCGCUCCUCCUCAAGGAGCACAGCAUCAGCAAGGAGAAGGAGGUGAUCCUGCUGGGACACAGGGGGAUGCUGGAUGUGAGCCUGGCGCAGGUGUGUGGGGAGCAGAAGCGGCUGCAUGAGUGUGUGGCGAGGGCCGUGCGGGAGAGAGACCGACACCUGCGCAGCCUCAAGAGGAGCGAGCUGCAGCUACGCCUGGCCAACAACGCCCUCACACACACACACACACUGCACCUCAAGACCAAGGCUGAGCUACGCCUCGCCAACAACGCCCUCACACACACACACACACUGCACCUCAAGACCAAGGCUGAGAGGGAUAAUCUCCCUGAGGGUGAUGGGGCGCUGCAGAGGAGAACAGAGCUGCAGAAGGAAGUGGACAAACUCAAACGCAGCCUUCUGCACCAGCAGUCUGUAGCAGGUGUGGAGACUCAGCUGGUUGAGCAGGCGUUGGCUCAGGAGCAGGAGCUGGUGAAGGAGACGCAUCAUCAGAGGGAGGAGCUUAGACACCUGGCCUGCCUCGCCCAGAUCAAAGCAGACGAGAGAGACCAGAAGAGCAGGGAAGUGCUCAGGGCACAGCAACGCUACAACCGCAUCAAAGAGGACCUUCGGGGGAAAGACCUGCUCAUCCAAGAGCACAAGAAACAGAGCAUUGAGAUCCAGUCCAGGCUGGGAGUGUUUGCUAAGAUGUAUGACAUCAUCAAAGGCGAGCGUAACAAGUGUGUGACGCUGAUCCAGAUGUCAUCGCAGCGCUCGGCCGAGAUGAGAGAGAACCUCAAGAUUCUGGAGAACGAGCUGGACAUCCUGCACACCACCGCCAUCAACAAGGACAAGCUGCUGCAGAAGUCUGGGCUGCGCCGGGUCCACACAAACACGGUGCGUGACGCGCUGCACAAGGACAUCAGCAAGGUGGCGUGCGUCCUGCAGGAAAUGAGGUCACAGCGGGACGAGCAGAAGCUCAGCAUCGCUCGCCUCACACACCUCAUCAACACACACGAGCAGCAACUACUGCACAUGCGCAAGACCUACGACCACGCUGUACAGGCACGCAACGAGAGAGGGGUGCAGCUGCUAGAACGUGAGGAGGAGAUGUGUAUCUUCUACGAGAAGGUGAACGUGCAGGAGGGGGUUCUGCGAGAGGGGAACCUGGAGCUGCAGGUUCUAGAGGAGGAGUUCCGCGGCUGCCAGAUGAGCAUCAAGGAGGAGAACCGACUCAUCGGCCUCACACGGAACCUGCUGCCCUGCAAGAGGGACCUGGAGCGGCACAGCACCAUGCUGCAGAUACAGCUGUCGGAGAGUAAGGAUCGUCUGCUGGCUCUAGAGAGCGCCCUGGAGGACCCCAAGCACCCCAGCCGCGUCCGAGAACUGACCGGAGCUGACCCCUCCCCCCUGGAGCUCAUGACCAAGAUAGAGGAGAUGGAGCGGCGUCUUGCGGAGCGGGAGGAGCAGCUGAUGGAGAGGGAUCUGGUGUACGAGCAGGUGGGACGACUCUGCCACAGCAUCAGAGACAAGGCCACCAGCGGCUCACACCACACACUGCAGCUCGCCAAGAAGAUGCGCUGUCUGCAGGGCCGCAUUAAGGAGGCGACUCAGGGCCUGAUGGCGCUGGUGGCGGAGCUGUCCAUGAGGCAGGCGAGCACUAUGACCCUGCAGCAGCAGCUGAGGGAGCGGGAGCGGGAGCUGGAGACCAGCCAGAGACGCCUGGAGCAGGGCCUACCGCCCACGCCCGACACACACACACACUGGCUACACACACUCCGCCUGCAGCACCGCCAGCACAGGGAGCAGAGGGAGAGAGCACAGCUGGAGGAGGAGGAGGGGAGGAGCCUGCUUCCUAACGGCGUGCACACCACAGCAGAGUCUCGUCCCAACGCCUACAUCGCCCCCGGCGACGACAUGCCCCUCCCCAAACCCUACGGCGCCCACGCCCCCUUCCUGCCCACCGAGCCCGGAGCCAACAUGCGCCACAUGCGCAAGCCCCAGCCCCCACCCAUCCACAUAUAG